GAUGCCAUGGCAGUGUCGUCGAUUCCUCAUUUCCUCGCUGCUUUCCUUUCCUCGUUGGGAACCAAGCUUGCUGCCAUGUUGCUCGCGUCACCAAUCAUCCCCGCACGAAGUUGCACUUGCCCUUUCCUACCCCACUUCCGAUUCCCUCCCCCUCUCUCCUACACAGAUUUAUAGCAGCAGCUCCCUCUGGGUCGUCUGUGGAUGUGCAUAUGCAUAUAUAUUGCAGAGUUUGAUCCUUCCACAUCGUCAGCAUUCUUCGUUUUGUCUUGUCUUGGCCGCUUUAGUCUCACGAGGUGGAGGCUUCGUUGGAAGCAGUGAGUUUUGUUGCGGUUUGUGUGAGGAGAGAAGUGGGAAGCCCAACGUCGGGUGCACGAGAGCUUUGAUGAUGUUGCGCUCCUGCGCCACCCAGCUAAUGAAUCCUGGCCAGCAGAUAGUCUCGAUCUGGAGUGCUACACCUCGCUGUGCAGCUCCAUGGAAUGUUUCAGUGGCCCUUCUGUCCACGCGUCAUGCACCAUGGAGGCCGUCAGCGGGUUUACAUCACCUGUCGGCCUAUCGCGUUCCCUUCAGAUCGUCGACAGGAUCUGAGGUGUUGAAGAAUACAAGACGCCCAUACUUUCUCAAGCCAUUCUCUUUCGCCAUGUCGAGGACUUCUUUGCAUGAAACACAUGAUGGCGAGUUUAAGCGCAAGGAAUCCGAGUUCCGGCAUUUCAUCUCCCGGGAGCCCGGUGCGGAAUUCCCUCCUGAGGCGGAUAGAUACCACCUAUACAUAUCCUACGCGUGCCCAUGGGCGUCACGGUGCCUUGCCUUCUUGAAGCUCAAAGGGCUCGACCACGCCAUUGGUGUCACCGUUACGAAGCCAAAAUGGGGAGAGACGAAGCCCAGCGUUGACGAUCACCAUGGCUGGAUGUUUCUUGAGGAUGGGGAGGACGUCCCUGGCGCCAUGAAGGAUUCUCUUAACAAUGCCAAGUCUAUUCGAGACCUUUACGAGAUUGCCAGCACGGGCUACACGGGGAAAUACACGGUCCCCGUACUGUGGGACAUCAAGACCAUGCGAAUUGUCAACAACGAAAGCUCGGAGAUCACAAAGAUGUUCAACGACGAGUUCAACGACAUAGCCAAACACCCCGAGGUGGACUUGUUCCCCGAGCACCUGAAAGCAAGCAUCGAUUCCGUCAACAGCUGGACAUACAACGCCAUAAACAACGGCGUGUACCGUUGCGGCUUCGCCACCAAGCAGAAGCCUUACGAGGAGGCAUUCAACCAGCUGUUUGAAGCGCUAGAUAGGUGUGAGGAGAUCCUAUCCAAGCAGCGGUACAUUGCUGGCAACGAACUCACCGAGGCCGACAUUCGCUUGUUCAUGACCUUGAUCCGCUUCGACGAGGUCUACGUCGUCCACUUCAAAACCAACAAGAAGUUCAUCCGUGAGUACCCCAACCUGUUCAACUACACGAAGGAUUUGUUCCAGGUUCCCGGCAUCGGAGCUACUGUCAAUAUGUACCAUAUCAAGCACCAUUAUUAUGGGAGUCAUCCUUCCAUCAACCCAUUCGGUAUCGUUCCUGUGGGGCAGAAGAUUGACUACUCCGCACCGCACGACCGAGACCGUUUCUCGAAGGAAUCUGCAUAAACCCAGACUCCUCAACUUAUAAGUGUAUUUAAGGUGGCACAUCGUCUUAGUAUGUUGGCUAAAUGUUCAGAGACAGGAUACCGGUAAAGCAGCGGCUUUGGCAGCUCGUGAGUUUUUCAGUCGUCCAUGGUGUCUGCAAAUUUUGUAUUCGUAGGACAGCAGGAAAGCAAUCAACCCCUUGUUUCAAACUCAACUCGUCUUAGAAAGUAUGGCAGUUGUAAACAAGUAUGACGACACAGGCUCCCCAUCUGAUCAUACUAAGAACAAUCAGAUGGUUUUAUGUUUGGGCAUAACUUGGCAAAAUGCUUAGUAUCAAAGGUUUGUGUACAUGUGAGUCACAGAAAUAAGGCUCCCCUAUUUCCAUGGCAAUUGUUUUUGAUACUGAAGCUCUAGAAAGGUGCGAGGAGAUUCUAUCUAAGUAAAUAGCAAAUAUAGCAAAUGUAGUCGCAUCAUUGAACUAUGUUUUCAUUGAGCAAGUUGGAGUAUGUUUUGCAAAUGAAAUUGUUUCGAGUAAAACAAGGCUUUUUUCAGUUUUUUGGAAA